AUGGAGAAGAUGAGGGUUGCGCUGCUGGUUGUCUUCUCAGCUGCUGUCCUGUGGCCAGACAGAGCUCUUGCACUAAAAUGCUACUCAUGUACUCCUCAGCCCUGCAAUAAUCAGUGCAUGGACCCCAUGAACUGCUCCGAAGAGGACCGCUACUGUAUGACUGUUGUUGAGCUUUUGGAGAUAGGCCCGUCCAGCGUGAAGCAGAUCUCCAAGAUGUGCAUGCCGAACUGCUCAGAAAUCAUACAGCACCCAGUAUUCACCUCUUGCUGCCAGAGGGAUUUCUGCAACUUGAAUGGAGAUGCCGCUGCCAGGUUCUGCAACUCAAGAAUGUUGCUGGGAAUCUUGGCCACCUCGGUCAGCGCAUUGCUCUGGACUGGACUGUGA